UCUGAAUACGUUUUUCUAGUGUGCAUCGUAUUAUUCUAGUAAAAAAAAUUUAAAAAUGAUGAUUGCAACUACACGGUGCCUUUAUUUGGUGUUGAACAUUUUAUAUUAUACUCAGAAAGUUUCAAGUGAAAUUACAAUGCUAGAAUUUCUUCAGAAUUUUGUUUACUCUGCGGCUAGUCGUCAACUUAAUGGAGUCAGUGUUAAAUUUCAAGGAGGGAAUUUUAUAUCUUUUGAAGACUUAAAAGAGGUAGCAAUUAAAGCAGCAGACCACUAUAAUAAUCCUAAAGCACGAAUAUUCCUUGAACAUUUUCAAGAUCAUUUACCAGAUAUUGUUUACUGUAAGUAUGCGGAAAGAAUAACCGCUAUUACUCAUUAUAUUUAUUACCUGCUGAAAGCAUGUAAAAUAUGUAUGGAUUAUGAUAAAAUAAAAUCUCUUAACGAAAUUAUUAAACAAUUAGUAGAAUUGGUAAAUUCUAUACAAGAUGGAAUUCAUUAUGUUAGUCAACUUGGUUCUAGAUAUUAUACCUUUCCAAAUACUUCAUAUUUAUUUCUAAUAAAUCCACUGAAUUCAGGUCCCAUAGAAGAGGUUGGCAUACAGUAUUACAUUGAUAAUGUAUUACAACAAUUAAUAACGGAUGCAAAGAUUUAUAUGACAACAUUUUGUGUAUGUAAAGACAAAAAUAAUAUCCCAAUUUCAAAUUAUAUCGAUGAAUUCUUUGAGAAAUAUUUGAAAAGUAGUCCAUUAGAUACUAUGUUCGAAUUUUUAGUGCAAAUAACUCAAUGUUACUUUACUGAAACUAACACUUUUAUGGCACAUUUGGAUGGAAUUUAUCAAAACAUUUUUAGAAAAAAUAAUAAUAAUAAUAAUAAUCCAUAAAUGUAUAAUUUAUUAUUUUGUACUAAAUUUGUUAAAUAAUAAUAAAAAUAAUAAUUAAAAAUA